AUGAGGGGACUACUCAUGGUGCUCCAGGAGAGGUGUCAUCAGAUGGUGCUAACACAUCAAAAUUUGACACUGGAAGUGAGACUGAAGAAAAAACUGCCAAAGUUUAAGCAGUAUAGAAAAGAUGUGGAUUUGAAAAAUCCUGAGUUUAGAUUGGGAAUGAAGUUUGCAAACAAAAAACUACUGAUAGAGGCUAUCAAGGAGCAUGCAAUUAUACAUGGUAGGGAAGUGAAAUUGAUAAAAAAUGACAACAGACGAGUUCAGGCUAAAUCUGUGAAAGGGUGUUCUUUCCAGGUAUAUGGAUCAAAUAUUAAUACAGAGGAAGGGACAUUUGCAAUAAAAACUUUGAGCCUAGAACAUCAGUGUGGAAGAGUGGACAAGCUUAGGCAUACCACAUCAAAAUGGCUUUGUGACAGAUAUGCAAAUAAGCUGAAGUGCAACUCAGAGUUUGAUCUGAAAUUGUUUCAAGAAGAUGUAUUGGAAGAUUACAAAAUAAAUGUCACAAAAAUUCAAGUUUAUAGGGCAAAGAGGCUAGCCAGAGAUUUAAAAAUGCAAACAGGGAAAGGGUCGUAUCCUGGACAGAUCUUGUCGGCUGUUGGGGUGGAUGGGAACAAUGGUUAUUUCCCAAUAGCUUAUGCAGUAGUUGAUAUUGAGAUGACAAACAAAAGGGACUUGUAUCUACCGUUGAGACAGUACUUCCAACUGCAGAGCAUAGGAUCAAGAGCUCCAACUGUGCCUUGGUGGGAGGCAGAAAUGGAGAAGAUGAAAAAUGAGGAUGAGGAAGCUUGGAAGUGGUUGAAGAAGAGACCUGCAAAAAAUUGGAGCAGAUCUCACUUCGAGUCACAUUUUAAAUGUGAUCUUUUGUUGAAUAUUUUAUAUGAAAGUUUCAAUGCAGCCAUACUAGAUGCAAGGGAUAAGACAAUUUUGAGUUGUUUGGAGAGGAUAAGGGUGUAUGUGAUGCUUAGGGUGGCUAGUAGGAGGUCUGCAUGUAAGAAUUGGAGAUACUUUGUUGGGCCUAGGAUCUUCAAGAUAAUUGAAAAGAACAAGCUAUGUUCAUCACAAUGCAUUCCUAGAUUGGCUGGUAAGAAAUUGUAUCAAGUGAGCCACAUUUAUGGUAGAGAAUUUGUUGUAGACCUUAAAACAAAGACAUGUUCUUGUAGGAGGUGGAAUUUAUGCGGAAUACCAUGUCCCCAUGCAAUCUCAACAAUAUUUCAAAGAUGUGAAAACCCAAUUGCUUAUGUGGAUGAUUGUUAUAAGCUCAAGACUUAUAUGAAGGCUUAUGAACCAGUGAUUCACCCCAUCCCUUCAAUGGACCAAUGGAGUAAAAAUGGCCUUCCUCCAAUUAAACCUCCACUUUAUAAGCAACAACCGGGUAGGCCUAAAAGAGUUAGGAUGAAAGAGCCUGGUGAGGUUAACACAGUAAGAGGGAGAGGCAUAAGUAGAGGAAGAGGCAUAAGUAGAGGGAGAGACGUAAGUGAAGGAAUAGGAAAUGUUGCUCAAGCUCCUGCUUACCCAAAUUCACAACAAAGUAUAGCAAGAGGUAAUGGAGAAGGAGGCAGAGGCAUAAGUAGAGGAAGAGGCAAUGUUGCUCAAGCCCCUGUUUACCCAAAUUCACAAGAAAGUGUGACAAGAGGUAAUGGACAAGGAGUCUUACCAUCUUCAAAGCUAAGUGAAAUUAAAGGAAGAGGCUUAGGAAGAGGCAUAAGUGGAGGAAGAGGCUUAUCAUCUUCACAACUAACUGUGGCAAGAGGAAGGGGACAAGGAGGACCAUAUUUGGACAACAUUUCCCAUGAUAAUAACAUGGCCUCAAAAUAG